AUGAGAGGCUGUGUGAGAAGCUGCAGCCGCCGGCAGAGGAGACCUCAGCAUCAUCUAGAGCCCAGCGCUGGCCCUGCCUGCGUCUGCCCCGCCGCCGCCGCCGCCGCCGCCUUUUCUGUUCCUGCUACUGUCUCACCUAAACAACUCCCGUUACACGGACAAGUGAACCUCUGUGGCCGUCUUCUCCUCCUCUUCUUCCUCCUCCUCUUCCAACUCUUUCUCCUCCUCCCACUUCCCAGCCGCAGCAGGAAGCCCCUAACCCAACUGACCCUGGCACAACUGCAAACGGUGUCAUCUGCACAACCCUGUCUCGGUCCUCGGACUCCCCUAAGGCACUGGACCCAUCGCCUUGUCUUUUAUUUUUCGCAAAGUUGCAUCGCUUUACAUAUUUCCGCCCCCGGCACCACUCUCUGCCUCUCGAGUGUCCCCCGCAGCCUCCUCCUGGAGCUGCGCCCUAGUGCCCCUGGUGGGCAGUGGCGUUCCCCCCCCAGCCUCCCGCGCCGAGCCCCUGCCGCUCGGGGCAGACGAUGCUGAAGAUGCUCUCCUUUAAGCUGCUGCUCCUGGCCGUGGCUCUGGGCUUCUUUGAGGGAGAUGCUAAGUUUGGGGAAAGAAUCGAAGGGAGCGGAGCGCGGAGGAGAAGGUGCCUGAAUGGGAACCCCCCGAAGCGCCUGAAAAGGAGAGAUAGGCGGAUGAUGUCCCAGCUGGAGCUGCUGAGUGGGGGAGAGAUGCUGUGCGGUGGCUUCUACCCUCGGCUGUCCUGCUGUCUGCGGAGUGACAGCCCAGGGUUGGGGCGCCUGGAUAACAAGAUAUUUUCUGUUACCAACAACACAGAAUGUGGGAAGUUACUGGAGGAAAUCAAGUGUGCACUUUGCUCUCCACAUUCUCAGAGCCUGUUCAACUCACCUGAAAGAGAAGCCUUGGAAAGAGACCUUGUACUUCCCCUGCUCUGCAAAGACUAUUGCAAAGAAUUCUUUUAUACUUGCCGAGGCCAUAUUCCAGGUUUCCUUCAAACUACUGCUGAUGAGUUUUGCUUUUACUAUGCAAGAAGAGAUGGUGGGUUGUGCUUUCCAGAUUUUCCAAGAAAACAAAUCAGAGGACCAGCAUCUAACUACUUGGACCAGAUGGAAGAAUAUGACAAAGUGGAAGAGAUCAGCAGGAAGCACAAACACAACUGCUUCUGUAUCCAGGAGGUGGUGAAUGGGCUGCGCCAGCCUGUCGGUGCCCUGCACAGCGGGGACGGCUCGCACCGGCUCUUCAUUCUGGAAAAAGAAGGUUACGUGAAGAUACUUACCCCCGAAGGAGAAAUUUUCAAGGAGCCUUAUUUGGACAUUCACAAACUUGUUCAAAGUGGAAUAAAGGGAGGAGAUGAAAGAGGUCUGCUAAGCCUCGCAUUCCAUCCCAAUUACAAGAAAAAUGGAAAGCUGUAUGUGUCUUAUACCACCAACCAAGAACGGUGGGCUAUCGGGCCUCAUGACCACAUUCUUCGAGUUGUGGAAUACACAGUAUCCAGAAAAAAUCCCCAUCAAGUUGAUUUGAGAACAGCCAGAGUAUUUCUUGAAGUGGCAGAACUCCACAGAAAGCAUCUAGGAGGGCAACUGCUCUUUGGCCCUGAGGGCUUUUUGUACAUCAUUCUCGGUGAUGGGAUGAUCACACUGGAUGAUAUGGAAGAAAUGGAUGGGUUAAGUGAUUUCACAGGGUCGGUGCUGCGGCUGGACGUGGACACAGAUAUGUGCAACGUGCCUUAUUCCAUCCCCAGAAGUAAUCCGCACUUCAACAGCACCAACCAGCCCCCGGAAGUGUUUGCGCACGGCCUGCACGAUCCAGGCAGAUGUGCUGUUGAUCGACAUCCCACUGAUAUAAACAUCAAUUUAACAAUACUUUGUUCAGACUCCAAUGGAAAGAACAGAUCAUCAGCCAGAAUCCUACAGAUAAUAAAGGGGAAAGACUAUGAAAGUGAGCCAUCACUUUUAGAAUUCAAGCCAUUCAGUAAUGGUCCCUUGGUGGGUGGAUUUGUUUACCGAGGAUGCCAGUCUGAAAGACUGUAUGGAAGCUAUGUGUUUGGAGACCGGAAUGGGAAUUUCUUAACCCUCCAGCAAAGUCCCGUGAGCAAGCAAUGGCAAGAAAAACCACUCUGUCUCGGCAACAGUGGUUCCUGUAGAGGUUACUUUUCAGGUCACAUCUUGGGAUUUGGAGAAGAUGAAUUAGGUGAAGUUUACAUUCUAUCAAGUAGUAAAAGUAUGACCCAGACUCACAAUGGAAAACUCUACAAAAUUGUAGAUCCCAAAAGACCUCUGAUGCCCGAGGAGUGCAGAGCCACGGUACAGCCUGCACAGACAUUGACUUCGGAAUGUUCCCGGCUCUGUCGGAACGGCUACUGUACCCCCACGGGCAAGUGUUGCUGCACCCCAGGAUGGGAAGGGCACUUCUGCAGAAUUGCAAAAUGUGAGCCAGCGUGUCGUCAUGGAGGUGUCUGUGUGCGACCGAACAAGUGCCUCUGUAAAAAAGGCUAUCUUGGUCCUCAAUGUGAACAAGUGGACAGAAACAUCCGCAGAGUGACCAGGGCAGGUAUUCUUGAUCAGAUCAUUGACAUGACAUCUUAUUUGCUGGAUCUAACAAGUUACAUUGUAUAGUUUCUGGGACUGUUUGAAUCUUCCUUUCCAAUGGGCAUUUAUUUUUUAUCCUGUCAUUAAAAAGAAAGACUGUUCUCCUGCUACACACUUCCUGUGAUUUCAUUUUCUUUUAUUAAUUUAAAAAUAAUUUCCAGAAAUGUGCAGAUCCUGUGUGUGUAUGUCGGCACGUUUGUUCACAUAUGCACAUACACACACACACACACACACUCACAACCCCUAUACGCGUGGUUGCAUAACAGAUGGGUUUUAAAUAUAUAUAUUUCCUUGUGUGGGGUAAUUUACACAGAAAUUCCAUUGUAAAUUGAUAACGGAAUUUUUAUGUCACCAAAAGAGAUUAUCUGACUUCCCAGGAAUUUUCUGUCUGUAAUAGCUAAAGUCAACUUUAAUGGAGUUUUGAAACAUUACUGUGCAAUCUGAUGGAUCUAAUAAAAAAGGCAAUAUUUUUAUAUUAAAGGAUUAUAAUGUGAGAGAAUGUUUCAGAACUCCCUGAUGAAUUUCUAAAUGGGCGACGAUAUAAAAUUGUAAUCUUCAUUUGUAUCAAUGUAUCCAAUUACAGAAUGUUACCCACUUACCUUCUUAUUGGCAGAGAAAUCCGGUUACUCUAGUUUAAUCUCAAGAUUGUUUUCAAGCGUUUUAUAAUUAAAUCAUAACAGCAUAUUCUGAAAUCAA